GAGAGUUUGGAAGUGGAAAUUCGCGUCGUCGUUGGAUGGUGGCCGAGAAGUGAGGGAAGAAAUAGCAGAGAGAAUUCGCCGGGAUCGCACUCGGAGACAAGACUGAAUCAAUCGGCGUUUUAGAUUUUAGAUUUUUGAUUUGAAUUUGUGGGGGUUCCUGGUCAAUGGUCUUGGACUCCCAACUUCAUAUAUCUUCAAUGGAAGGUGUAUCACCAGACCAGGAAUCAGUGGGUUCUGGGACAAAAAGAUCCAGUGUAUCAUCUGGAAGUAAGUCUCGAAACCGGAGGGAGUUUCUCAACAAAUUUUUGGACAGUGAAAUCUUUACAGCCAAACUUGAGGAUUGGUUUGAAGAAGUAUCGGAGAGUUCUAGAACCAAAAGGUCUGUUUUUGAUGUUCCUUUUGAGUUGAUAGAUCUACAGAAGUUUGACUAUGCACUAGAAGGGAUUUCAUUUCAGCAGCUGAUUCGUAUGCCCGGAGCUAUUUAUGCUUCUGCUUCUGAGGGCAUGGAAGCAACUGCUUAUAUUGCAAUUGAGGAUUUUCUUCAUGCAAGUGUGAAGGGGUUGUGGGAGGCAUUUUGGAGUCAAGAUCAGCCCAUGCCUUUCACUGUUGGCUGCUUAUACAAAGAUAAUUUAAAAUUUUACCAGGCUGAGAAGGCAAUUGCUACUGGGAAGCUGGAAGGUCUUUCAGCCACUGGCAUACUGCUGAAGAACCCUCGACAUCCCCAUGGGAAGUGGGACCAAAUUCUCACGCUUGCUUUACUGAGUCCUGAUAUUGGAAACCUUGCUACGGAUCGUGAUAGCUAUCCUUCUCCGUCUGUUUUAGGUGAGGUCCUUUUUUAUGCUGUCCGAAUGCUAUUGUCGAGAAGCUUGAGCAAAUCAAACUAUUCGCAAGGUUCGAUCUCAGCCUUUGUUCUUCUUGUCGAUUCUCAAUAUGGAGGAGUUAUUAAGGUUGAAGGAGAUUUAAGUAGAUUGGAGUUUGAUUUGAAUAAUGUAUAUGAAUGUGCUGCUGAAUGGAUAAAAGGAUAUGCUACAAUAUCAAUCUCUCCUAUCGAUAGGAUUUGGAACGAGCUUGGAAAUGCAAACUGGGGAGAUAUCGGGGCAUUACAAGUACUUUUUGCAACGUUCCAUUCUAUUAUUCAAUUUGCUGGAGUCCCCAAACACUCGAUUGAGGAUCUAGCUGCCGAUCAUAGCUCUCGUUUGCAAACGAGAAGAGUUGAGAGGCAGUUGGGAGAUGUUAGAGUGAAUGGGAAUGGUAUGUUUAGGUUCCAGCAGCAAAGUGUUUCCCCUGAAAUCGUUGAAGUUCAGGAAGAUUCUAUCAAAGUUAAGUCCGAAGAGAUAGUAAAGUUGGAAGUAGGAUCCGUACUGUGGUUAGAGGAUUCAAACUGGCAAAAGGGUUAUCAGAUUAAUGAACUCUUGACUUCCAGUGAGCUUCAAUUUUAUAUUGCUUCUCCAAUCGAAGAACCUGGGAAGAGUCUGUUUCUUUAUGUUGGGUCUCGAAUUUCCCAGCUAGAAGCAUGGGAAGAUAUGAACUUGUGGUAUCAAGUGCAGAGGCAAACUAAGGUUUUGACUGUAAUGAAACAGAAAGGUCUAUCUAGCAAGUACCUACCUCAGUUGAGUGCAUCUGGCAGGAUCAUUCAUCCCGGUCAGUGUCGUAGACCCAGCUCGGGUGGCAACUGUGAUCACCCAUGGUGUGGUACACCUAUUCUUGUGACCAGCCCAGUUGGUGAAACUGUAGCUGACAUGGUAAAUGGUGGUAGAUUUAAUUCUGAAGAAGCAAUAAGGUGUUGCCAUGAUUGCUUGUCUGCACUUUCAACUGCUGCUUCAGCUGGAAUUCGACAUGGUGACAUCAGGCCAGAGAAUGUGAUUUGUGUGAGAUCUGGUGUGAGACGGCCUUAUUUUGUUCUUAUAGGCUGGGGACAUGCGAUUCUCGAAGACAGGGACCGUCCUGCUUUGAAUCUUCACUUCUCAUCCACUCUUGCUCUACAGGAGGGGAAACUCUGCUCUGCCUCAGAUGCAGAGAGCCUAGUUUAUAUGCUUUAUUAUGCCACUGGUGGUGGCUUUCCUGAUUUGGAUUCUGUCGAGGGAGCGCUACUGUGGAGAGAGACCUCUUGGUCAAGGAGGUUAAUUCAGCAGAAGCUCGGUGACAUGUCGACGGUACUGAAAGCAUUUUCGGACUAUGUCGAUAGUCUAUGCGGAACACCAUAUCCAAUGGACUAUGAGAUAUGGUUAAGAAGGUUGAGGAGAAACAUUCACGAUGAAGAUCCUGGGAAGGAAGUCGAUACAUCAGGCUAGGCUAGGUCUCUUUUGUUAGCUAUGUUGUAUAGAAGUGCUACUCUGUUAUCUGACAACAUCUAUUCCCAACUGGGAGUAUGCAAUUUUGGUUGGAGAAGACUCGACGUAGCAGGUAAGUUCAUCGGCUCAUACAACAUCGGUGAAGUUCGAAUUUUUGAACUCAAUACUGGUUAGUACAUAGGAGGGGUUUCGUUUCUGCAUGAAUCAGCUUGGCAUAAUCGUUUGUUUUCGAGUCCAAGGCCCUGUUCAAAUAUCUUCUUUCAAGUGUGUUGGAUGGAUUCACACCUUGACAUGGUUACACUAUGUUCAUGGACCGUGGAAAGGAUAUUGCUUUAGAAUCUCGAUACACCUAACAAGAUACCGCUGCUCGUCCUUAAGCAUCGGUUGAUAUGGGCAGACACGGUUACUAUUGUCGACACUGAUCUGCGAGUAAGGUAGAUGCAUGAUGUUCUAUGUAAUUGCUUAGGUGAAUAGGAUUAAGUAGCAUUGAAGUUGGUGUGAAGGGUACAUUUUUGUAAAUGUGUUAGUUUUUUGGGUGUCACAUGGGGUUUGUGAUUAAGUUGAUUGAAGUUGGAAGUGUAUUUAUUUGGUCAUUGGGUAAUUUCUCCUUUCAGUAGUCAGAACUUAUGAGGAGGGUAGAGUUGGAAAUUGAUGUUGUUGAAGAUGAAGAUUAUAUAUAACAUUCAAAAGGAACAUGUAAGUUUUCUA